UGGAGAUGAGUUGGUCUUAAUGUCCACUUCUUAACAAUUGUGAUUGUAACGGGGAAAGAGGAGAAGAUGAAUCACUGUUGUAACGACAAUGGAGGGAUCUCGUGAGUUUUGGCGAAAACAAAAGUUGAAGUAGGUCAGGGAAGACAGUGAUAGGUGGUGCUAGAGAUGCAGUUGUUAGCAGCGGCAUGGUGAAGGAAGAGAAGUUGAGUAUGGAAGUGGAGGGAGGAUGUGCAAGGUUGAAGCUUCUCAGUUGAGCUUCUUCUCUACUGACUGAGCUUCUUAGUUGAGCUUUUCCUCUGUUGGUUGAGCUUCAUAGCCGAGCUUCUCCUUUACUGACGGGCCACGUAAGCAAAAACAACACACGUGAAGCAAACAAUUUUGCUUUGUGUGCUCUUUCGUCAACAAUUUAAGUAGUAUCAUAGAAAAUAACUAAAUUGAACCAAAUUUACCAAAAUAAGAACCUAAUUGAACGCGCAAAAAAACUGAGCACCACGUUCACCAAACUGGAUGAAAAUAAGGACCAAAAUAGUAUUUAAACCUUAAAUUAAAGAGUUAAAUCCCAUACUUUCGGGAUACUCAUGCAAAAAGGUCAAUCUAAUUUCAACCAAGUGUAUCCACAUUUAUGGUUUUGGAAGAGAGGAUGGGUUGCGAAAGGCCUAAAAUAUUGUUGUGGUGCAUGAGACCCCAUCAAUGAAGCUUGAACAAAUGGUAGGUAUUACUUCGCAGUGAGUCAAGACCUGAUGGAGAGAGGGAUUUGUUCAGCUGAAUUUUGGCAAUUAUUAACCACAUGCAUCCAAACAAAGUUGUGUUUGACAAUGACAAUAUUGGCAACUUAAUUGAGUUAGUGUCUUGGUUCAUUUCUUUAGUCAUUUAAAUGGUUUUUGUAUGAGAAAUAGAACUGCAUACAACGAACAAUCCAAUGUCUUGGAAGCUAUUGAACGAGCAAUCAAAUUGCUAUAGUGUGUCUAAUAGUUGUAGUGGAACUGGUAAAGUAUCACUCACUUUAAAAAAACCAUCUCAUUCUUUAACAGGUGCACCAUUUAUUCAAAACCAACCUUUAUGAAUGAAAAUAUUGCUAAGAUGUUGUACUUGGGCUCUAGUGCAUUUGAUUUGAAAUCGGGUGAAAAUUUUAAAUUCAUCCUAGUUACUGAAUGGAGAGUAGAGAAUGUUACGGAUUUGGGAUUGUUAUAAGCUUUGAGAAGUAUUCUUACGCUUUUGGUUUCAUCACCAGUUAUCAAUUUGGCUAUGUUGGAGAAAGUCUCUAUAGUGGAAGCAUUGGAUUUUGAUGUUAAUGCAGAGAUUACUGAAACCAAAAUUCAUGGGCUGAUGUUUGGAUGUGGUUUACAUGGAAGGAUUCACAAAAUAGAGUUACAUGACGUAUACAUUUAGGAAAUUCUUUUUCUGGCUACAUAAUUGAGUAAACAGUGACAAAACUGUGGAGUCUAAUUGAAUAGUAGGUGCAUGCAACGGGAGUAACUGUAAUGGGAAAAAAGUGAUUGAGUGGCUUAUCCUUUUUGGAAGGUUCAAGCAAUGGAAGAAGCUACAUGGGAAGAAGCAAAUAUAGUGAAGGAGACUCUUCUCUCUUUUUGCCUCAAGGAUAAUGGGACAACAAUUAUUGAAUAGCUCAUCUCUUGGAAGGCUUGACCAGUGGAAUAAGCUUCUUGGGAGGAAGCAUAUUUUCAAGCUGUGUCACUUUUCCUUCUGCCCAUAGGGUUGGGAAGUGGCAACAUGUAUUACAUUACAAUUUCCUUCCUCUUCCUUGAGGGCAAGGUAGAGUUUAAAGGAGGUGGCAUUGAUAUGUUUUCAAUUUCCAUUGAAUCAUGACAACCUCGUAUGGGGUACCUGCAUGCCCAUAUAUCCAUUGCCAACUCCAGUUAACUCAGGUGGAAAAUAGAGGAGGGAAAAAUUAGUUAUAGAGAGAUAAGGGGGGAAAUGUGGUUACAUACAAAGUAGCGGGAGAUGUAUACGGGGAAGAAUUUUGGAUUGUUUUAUCUGGCAGAUAAAUAGUUUCUCUGAGGAACUUAUGUACUGGAUAUUUCAACUUGCUUACGCGUUAAAUAUUUUCCUAAGGCUGCUACUGAAAUCAAACUUUCUGAGAUAUAUGCUGUUGAGUUAAACGGUCAUGGUUCAAUUUACAUAUCGAGUCUCCCUCCUGCUCCUGAAUGUCUACUUUUGGGUGAAGACAUACAGAUGUUCCGCUUUACUGUGCAUGGUUUUAUAAGGAGCAAAAAUCAACCUUCUCAGUGUAUCCUGGCUGAUUAUACUUUUGGUCAUACAAAUUUGCAAGUGUGUCGGAAGUGGGUUAAUCAACUUAAUGCUUCUUUGAAACAAGAAGUUGGAAGACCAAAGAAUCUUUUGGUUUUUGUUCAUCCAAGGAGCGGUAAAGGUAAUGGCUGUAGAACCUGGGAAGCUGUAGCUCCUAUAUUCUCUCGCGCUAGAGUAGAAACAAAGGUGAUUGUGACAGAGAAAGCAGGAGAGGCAUUUGAUGUGAUGUCUUCUAUAACAAAUAUGGAGCUUAACUCAUACGAUGGGGUUGUAGCCGUUGGUGGUGAUGGAUUUUUCAAUGAAAUCCUUAAUGGGUUUCUUUCUCCCAGGUUUAAAGCUCCCUACCCACCAACUCCUUCAGAUUUUGUUCAUGUGGUUAAAGAUAAUGGUGAUGCCUUGGUUAAUGAGGAAGAUGAAAUUGUUGCGGAGACUUCAAAUAAAAUGGAAGACCAGUUUCCUCUGAUUUCAAGUCCAAAAAAAUUUGGAUCCAGAAUCUCAAAUCUGAAUUCCGAAGAUAAGGCUGCUGAAUUUCCUGUUCCCAAUGAAUGGUUUAGAUUUGGGAUUAUUCCUGCAGGUUCAACUGAUGCCAUUGUAAUCUGUACCACUGGAACUCGCGAUCCUAUUACUUCUGCAUUGCAUAUUGUCCUUGGUAAGAGGGUGCACCUUGACAUAGCUCAAGUUGUACGGUGGAAAAUGACUCCCAGUUCUGAAGUUGAACCUAAUGUGCGCUAUGCAGCUUCCUUUUCAGGGUAUGGAUUUUAUGGUGAUGUCAUCACAGAGAGUGAGAAGUAUCGUUGGAUGGGUCCCAAACGUUAUGAUUAUGCCGGAACAAUGGUAUUUUUAAAGCACAGGUCAUAUGAGGCAGAAAUAGCAUACCUAGAUGUUGAAUCAGAUGAAAUCAAUUUAACUUCCAAAAGAGAUUAUCAGGGUAAUUUGAUACGGGCAAUAAGGUCUUCACACGUAUCAGAAAGACGUAUCUGCCGAACUAAUUGCAAUGUUUGUAAUGAAAAGCCAAAUCAUGCAUCUGUUGGAGUUUGCAGCCUCACACCUCAUUUGAAUUCAGAAGAAACAAGAUGGGCAAGAUCCAAAGGACAUUUUCUUAGUGUAGGAGCUGCUGUAAUCUCUUGCAGAAAUGAAAAAGCACCGGAUGGAUUGGUGGCUGAUGCACACCUGUCUGAUGGUUUCCUUCAUCUUAUAUUGAUCAGAGACUGUCCCCAUGCAUCUUAUUUAUGGCAUCUGACUCAACUUACAAGAAGAGGGGGAAGCCCCUUGAAUUUUAAGUUUGUUGAACAUCAUAAGCUUUUGCAGACCCCUGCAUUUACUUUCACUUCUUCGGGCGAUGAGAGUGUAUGGAAUGUUGAUGGAGAGAUUUUUCAGGCACACCAACUUUCAGCUCAAGUGUUUAGAGGUCUUGUAUCCAUGUUUGCAUCUGGUCCCGAAGUUUAAUUGUGGACAUAGCUACUUGCUUUAAGUUGUUGUGGCUAUGCCAUUAACAGGAACCAGGAUGAAAGCAUAGUUAACACCAUGGUCUUGUAUAUAGUAUAUAUCUAUUUACCAAUGUAACUACGCCGUUAAGUGGAAGGUUUGGGACUUGUAACUAUGGAGGGAAAUUUUUUAUACAUUGGAAUAUAUAUUUUUUGUGCUUCGUUCAUGAUUUUCUUUUGGCAAUUGCAAUAAAUGGAAGAAGGCUUGAUUGUUUACA